AUGCAUUCGACCGAAAGAUUGAGUGAAGAUCCCCAAGUGAUUCUUAAAGAUCUACAUCGUCUACGAAAUCAACAUCAAAACUAUCUCAUGCCAUAUGAUCAACCAAAGCAAACCAUCAUUCUUCUUGGUCGCUCAGGUGUGGGAAAAACGACUAUUUCCAAUGUCAUCAAGGAUAGUCUUUAUUAUUCACCUCGAUCAACAUUCUCUCAUCCAAUACAACAACAACCAGACCCUCAACAAAAAGGUGGACUAUCUAUCAUCGAUGCACCAGAUAUAUUCGAUGUUCAAAAUCGACCAAGCAAAUGUGAAUUAACUGAAGGAGGUCUUCGCGUGGAUCACUUUCAUAUUCCAUUUAAUGAUAACAUUCUUCCACUGUUCGGACUUGUAUUCAGUAUUCAACAAGGUAUUAGUUCAGCUGAUAUUGAAGCCAUACUAAACUUCAAAGCUGAAUUUGAACAAUUAAGUCGAAAGAUGAUAUUAAUAUUGACUCAUUGUGAAGAA